AUGGUUAGAGGAGCAUUGAAUGAUGAUUUCUAUCAGAAAGUUUAUCCAGGCAUAGCAUCAGAAAUAUUAUUAGAAAAUUUAAUCAAAUUUGUACAAGAUAUCAAUAAUAGAUCAACAAAAGAUGGUGUUGAAAAUGGAACAUUAUACAAAAAAGUUAAUGGACGCCAAAUUGAUUCAUCUCGUCGUUAUUAUCUUGUUAAAGAACCAAAUUUAAAUGAAUUUAAUUUAUAUGCAAAAAUUACAAAAGGGAGAAAUUUAGAACGAUGUGAAUUUAUAUCUCGCUUAUUAAAUAAUAAUGUUGCAGUAGCAAGAGAAAGUUCUAAUGUGGAUUAUGAUGUAACAAAAUUAGGAACACGACAAAAAGAAACACAAAAAUGUUCAAAAGAGACGGCAGCAACAACAGUCUCCUCUUCUACAUCAACAUCGACCCAUCAAUCACGUGUACAAAAACAAGUUUUAUCAUCAAGAAAAACAACAUCGUCAUCAUCAGCUGCUAAUAAGAGUAUUGAUCGUUCACAAUCAUCAUCUGCUGAACGUUCACAAUCACCACCACCACAAAAGAAACAGACAAAUAAUAAAUCAAUUAAAAACCAACAAGAAAAACAGUUAUCGAAAACAACAACCGAACACACUGCUCCUACAUCUUAUUUACGUUCAACUCUCAUAUUGAAUCGUCUUAGAGCUAUACCGAAUGGUCGUACAGCUCUUUCUUCCUCGUCCUCCACAUCAUCUCGACCUAUUAUUACUGUUACAAAGUCGAAGAAGAAACAAAUAAUUAGUGCUAAAAAACGUAAAUAUUCAUCAGAAAAUGAAGAGAAUGAUGAUGGUACAUCUGUUUUACAUGUUGAUGCUAAACCAGUUAAAGGUACAAAUGAUGGUACAAGAAAUAAACGUAUGAAAAAAAAACUAUUGAAAAUUUUGCUCUAUACAUUUCAUGUUCUUUCUUAUGAUACUAUGCUCUAUAUUUACUAUAAAUUAGAUUUAAAAGUUGAUGUUGAUGUUAAUGCUGAUGUUGAUGUUGAUAUUGAUGAUCGUGCUGAUAUUGAUGUUGAUGUUGAUGUUAAUGUUGAUGUUGAUGUUGAAGUUGAUGUUGAUACUGAUGCUUAUGUAUGUUCAUCAGCAUCAUCACGUAGUACACGUAGUCGAUCAAGAUCAUGA